AUGAAGCCGUCCGACAACUUCGGCGUCGAGUUAUGCGACAACCGUCGCCCCUUCUGGCUUGGCACGUACCCCACCGCCGACGAGGCCGCACAUGCGUACGACAUGGCAGUGUGGCAUGCCGGGAGGCCGAGGACGGAGCUCAACUUCCCUGAGAUUGAGACCUGGGCGGAUGCGGAGUUCCUCAUGCCGGAGAAUUUUCGGAUGGAGGAGAUGACAAAGGCCAUUCGCAUUGCUCUCGGUGAGAGUGACGAGGCAGCGACCGCGAGGUUCACACGGGAGCAUCCGGUGUAUUUCCAGGCCGAGCGCGAAAUCUACUGGAAGCACGAGGCCGAGCAGAAGAAGAAGGAGGACUAG